ACAGACGCGAACGCAAUAUGAGCCAAGCCGCAUUAUAAGCAGGAACGACGCCCGAUGCUUUCAUAAUCGUCUCUACAUGUUUUGACAGUGCGUUCAGUUCGAUCAGCUAGGCCGUAACAGUUACCAAACGAAAAAAGUUUGCCAGCAGGCUAGCGAGCAUCGACACUUAUAAGAAAGUUGUUGACCUGCGUCAGCAUUAAUUCAGUACCAGUUUGGAUAUACAGUACUAUACCAGCGCGUUAUUAUCUACAACAAUGGUGGAUAUCUUUUCAGCAAUGGGAAUUUGGCGUUUUCAUAACAGACCAUCCUUCGGCGACAAAUAUUCAAGCAAAUCAAAAAGAAAAAAGUCAAAAUCCUUGAAGAGUCGAGAAAAACCGAAGGAAGUACAAUUGUCACCUAAAGUGCCACGAAUACGAAGAUUAUCCGAAGUUUCUGAUGACGAAAACGAUGACCCUACACCGGUCAGCGAGAGCCAUGAAACUAUAAAGGAAUGGCAUGAUGACGGAGAAGGCUGUUGCGAACCCCAACCCUCAUCACAGAGUGGUAGAAAAAGAGUCAUUUCCUUCUCAGACUACGUAACUGUACAUCGAUACAUAUGACACUUACAUUAUGAUGAACUGCACUUUGUCACGUAGCAGAAGCAAUGACGCAAAUUGCUGCGUGUGCGAGAUUUGCACGAAGCAAACGUCAAUUGGAAUGCAACAAGCGAAAUGAGCAAACGUCGCACGAAUAACAUUCAUCUUUUAACGUGUAUUGAGUGUCAUAUCCAAAUACUAUUGCAUACUAUACACACCAAAGUUGAGAAAAGAACGAGGAAAUGAACGUUAAUGAAAUACAACAUAUUUGAAGGCAUGAAAUGGAUAUAUUUUACUUCAGAAAACAAAUUCUUUUUCUAGUUUUGUGCAACACACUGAACGGUAAAGUAGAUGAGACUCUUCUUAUAACCUACUUAUCAUCGCUAAGCGGUCUACGACGACAGGGCGAACAUAUCUGCAGGGCGUAAUCCAAUUACAAAACCCUUUAUUAUCGCAAGCCAAUCAAAGCUUCAGAACCUGGCAGCGCAAAAUUGUAAAUUGGAUGUUCGAAGUCUAGAUUUAAUCGAAUGGAUAUUUUAAAUGGUUAUAGAGAAUAUUGCGGCCUUACACAUCUAUAGUUUCACACUACAUUUUUGGAGGAUAAUAACGCAUAAGUAUCAAAAAAGCAGUUUUAUUACAUCUACAAUACAUUAUGCAAGUAUCCGAAGUAAAAAUUAGCUUAGACUUUCAUAUAAUUGCAUGCCCAUGACGGUUGGCGUUUUGAAUUGCUUUUUAUUCACAUUUGUUUUCCCGUAUUUCGAAGAGGAGAUCUGUUGGUUAAGUGCUACAUGUACCAUCAUCUCACUGCUCUUUCUUACUCGCUAUGUUAUUGUUGUUAGAACUUAGAACAUAUACUCUAUUCUAUAAUAUUUUAAAUUUACAUCAGAGUAUUGCUUUGGAAGUUGUGCAAUAUUAAUUAUGAUAUUUUGGUAAAUCUUUAAUUACGUUUAAACUGGAAUAAUUUAUUGUUUUUCACUUAAUUAUUAGUAAUAUAAUAUAAAAUUAUAUUUCGUAGCGUUAACAACACAUCAUUUUUUUUUAAACAGAUGCAAGCGUUCAGUUCUCUUGCAUUUAAGUCUGUGCAUUCAUUUAAAAAUUGAAACAAUUGGAGUAACAGGCCCUUCUUAAUCCUGCCUUGCCUACCACCAUUCGGAGAUAAAUUACAUAAAAUUUUCAUUCAAAAAUCUUGGCCUGGGAGUUCGAAAGACAACAGGCGUGUUAUUCACAAAAUUUUUAUGUGUCCAGUUACACAACUUUGCUCAAAUAUUUUAAAUAUCAGGUUACUAAUCUAUUUUUAAGUGUUCGUAUUCGUAUUAUUCAGGGUGUCCAAAAAAUUUUGCUCGAACCCACAGCAAGAACGAUUCAAAAUUUCGCCCGAUUUUAUAGUAAUAGCAAUUGUAGGUUUAAAUAAAUUUUAUUUUAUGAUGAAUGACAUCUACAAGCACAGUAAGAACUAUGAAUAAACAAAGACAAAGAAAUUUCUUCAAUUGUUACCACUGCAAAAUCGGGCGAAAUUUUUGGAUAUGUAUCAUUUGCUGAAAUUCCUUUUUUUUUCAAAUUGUAAAUUUAACUUAAAUAAUUCAGCAUAAUGAGUGUGUAUUCUAUGAGUGUGUAAACUUUAAAUAUACUUUUUUUUCAAUAACAGUCAGUACUUCAUUCACUCUUCAUGGAUCUGUGUAUUUUAUUAGCGUCAACUCAUAGUAUACAAAGAGUCGCAGUUUUGA